AUGGUCCUUAGCACCAACGAACGAACCAAAGUGCCCCACCAUGAUCCAUGUGUAGUUCACUCGGGGUUGAGAUCGUUUGCGUUGGUUGGGCCAGUCGGGCACUACAACGAGUUGUCCCUCCGACUGUUCCCUCAUUUCGCCCUCCUCGUCACCGUAGUCGACUUCGCCCACACUGUUCGCAGCAGCAACGCUCUCCUGCUCGUUGUUCGCCUCUGCAACAGGCGCGCGCCGCAGCAGAAUCCCCAGCAAAAUCGAUACAACGUUUGUGGUGCCGAGUUUUGA